AUGUCGCGACAACAAGGAACAGCUGAAGUGGCAAUGCUACAGGAAGAAGAAAUGGCCAUUGAUGACCUGAAAUCAAAAUAUGCGAAAGCUAUGAUAACUAUUGACAAGACGCUUGGAAUUGAACAAGGUGAUGCCGAGAGCGAAAAUGAUGAUGAAGAUGUCGGGGAUGAUGAUUUUGUGCCUACGAGACGCGAAGAAGAGGAAGAAGCAGAUGAUGAAACGACGAUUGAUGAGGAGGAAAGAUUCGACCGGAACAAUUCAUUGGUCAAUAAAGCAGAAGAGUUACGAUUGUUGGAAGAAGAGGGCGAGAUGUCCAUUGAACAGCUUCAAGCACGAUACGCGACAAUCUCAGACGAUGAAGACUCAAGCAACGACGAAAAUGGGAGGCAAGUAGAUGUAAUGCUCGACAGUAGGGAGCCUUGCGAAAAUCAGGCUUGUCCAAAACGUGACAACCCGAAAUCUGAGUUGGUCGGUGCCUCAUCUUCUAUAUCUCCUGUCGCACGAAAGGGUGGGUAUAAGCGUCCAUAUUUGUUAACGUCCCGGUUAGAUCUACGAGAGUAUCAAGAAGCUGGAGUGAAUUGGCUUGUCAGCAUGUGCGAGCGACGGAUCAAUGGCAUUCUUGCCGAUGAAAUGGGUCUUGGCAAGACUAUUCAGACGAUUUCGCUUCUUGCACAUCUCGCUUGUGCUCAGGGGAUCUGGGGUCCUCACCUUGUUGUAGUACCAACGAGUUGUCUUAUAAAUUGGGAGAUGGAGUUUAAGCGUUGGUGCCCGGCAUUUAAGGUGCUGACGUAUUUUGGUUCCGCAAAACGCCGUAAAGAGCUUCGACAGGGGUGGUCAAAGCAAAACGCGUUCCAGGUAUGUAUCACCAGCUACCAAUUGGUGGUACAAGAUGCGCACUGCUUUAAGCGGAAGAAGUGGUACUACUUAAUUCUAGAUGAAGCACACAACAUCAAAAACUGGAAGAGUUUACGCUGGCAAACGUUGCUGACAUUCAGCUCGCAGCGUCGCCUUUUGCUCACAGGUACGCCGCUGCAGAACAACUUGCUGGAGCUCUGGGCACUUAUGCAUUUUCUGAUGCCGCACGUAUUUGCGUCGCGCAAGGAAUUUAGUUAUUGGUUUCAAAAUCCUUUAGCGCUAAUGGUGGAGAAUGGCAAUGGCCCAACUCAAUUAGGGUACAAUGGGGUCGAUGGUGGCAAAGACUUAGUGGCACAGCUCCAUGGUAUUAUUCGGCCAUUCGUAUUGCGUCGGCUCAAAAAAGAUGUGGCGAAACAAUUGCCGGGAAAGUUUGAGCACGUUAUCAUGUGUCAUUUGUCGAAGCGACAGCGAUUCUUAUACGAGGAUUUUAUUUCUCGCAGUGUUACACGUCGAGCAAUGUUUGGCCGUGGAAGAGGUCGGGGCGCCAACUUCAUGAGCAUGAUGAAUGUCCUUAUGCAGUUACGGAAAGUUUGUAACCACCCGGAUUUGUUUGAGCCACGUCCGAUCGCAUCUCCGUUGGAUAUGCCGGGUAUCUAUGUGCACAUGCCUUCACGCUGUGGUUAUUUAGUUGAUGAAAUUGUUAAUGAGCGCUCACACGUGGCUCUUUGGGCCGACCAUAAUCUGCCUGGACUGGAACUGCUGCUCAGCGAAAAGUUGGCUUCGAAACGACGAAGAGAGCUUUUCUUUUAUGACGUAAGUGCACCGCUUCCCGAUGAUACUGUUGUAACUGUGCCGUUAGCGUACAAGGGCAAAAGAGACAUUGUGCGAAGGAUUGUUAGGCUUGCAGCUAAGCGCCGCGAAUAUUGGGAGAAUAAGCGUUCAAGUGUUGCACAGCUUCAGAAGCUCCGCGCUGGGCUUUAUUUGGACGAACCUGUGUUUGGAGGUGCGCUUAUCCGAGCUUGUACGAUGCCAAUUUUUAUCUCACCAGCUAUGCAAGUUCAUAUCCAUCGUGCCCAGCCUUUGUUAGAUUCUCGUCAACCGACACUGGCAUUGCAAGAUAUGGUGUGGGACCCUGAAGAGAGAUUGGCGUCGCUCGAGUCUAUAGUUAACAAAUGCGUUUGCUAUGUGCCGAAGGCUCGUGCGGUGCGUGUUCAGGUGAUCUAUGAAGGCGGUGGGUUUGCUUACGACGAUAACUUUGUGCUUUCACGACAAGCUCGGGCUGAAGAACUUGAUUUGAAUUACAUACAGCCUGCUGCACGUCGCAUCGUAGAACCAUAUUAUAACUCAUUUAAACGCACACAGCUGUUUUUUCCUGACAAGGCGCUGGUGCAAUUUGACUGUGGCAAACUGCAGAAGUUGGCAGUGCUUUUGCGCACGCUGAAACGCGGCGGUCAUCGGUGCCUCAUUUUUACUCAGAUGAGCUCGAUGCUGAAUAUCCUCGAGGUGUUUUUAAAUUUGCACGGCCACACGUAUUUCCGUUUGGAUGGUGCGACAAAAGUGGAAAAAAGACAAAUGCUUAUGGAGCGUUUUAAUCGCGACGAUAAGAUUUUUUGCUUUAUAUUAAGCACGCGAAGCGGCGGUCUGGGAAUCAACCUUACCGGUGCUGAUGCCGUGAUCUUUUACGACUCUGAUUGGAAUCCAGCCAUGGAUGCGCAAGCUCAGGACCGUGCUCAUCGUAUUGGCCAGACACGUGACGUGCACAUUUACCGUCUUGUGAGCGAACACACAGUGGAAGAGAAUAUCCUUUGCAAGGCGCAGCAAAAACGGCAUUUGGAUUUUCUCGUGAUGUCAAAAGGGCAGUUCACCACUGACUUCUUCUCCAAAGCCAGUCUCCGGGAGCUUGUGGUUGGCACUGCAGGAGAGCCCGAGGAUCUAGAAUAUAAUGAAUUUGAAGCUAACGAUGGGAGUACAGACGAGGACAUGGAAGAUAAUAACGAGAUAUCUUUUGAUACUGUGGAAAGCGCUAUGGCGCAGCUGGAAGAUGAGGAGGAUGUUUUGGCGAUGAAAGGUGCACGGGCAGAGUUUUUGCAAGAACAGAACGAGUUUGACGAAGAUGUGGGUGGUGGUGCUAGUGUUGCGUCUCCGAGUGCAAGAGUACCAAUAAGCCAUUCUGGGGAUACAGUGUCUUCGAGGCCUUCAACGCCAUCGUCACUAUCGAUCAGCACUGUUGCGAGUGAGAGGGGUGAUGAUGAAGACGAUGAGUUUGAAAACGAGAACACACUAGAUGAGGAUACAAGAGGAGAAGUUUAUAAUCGACCUUCAAAGACGGGAAGUAUAUGCAAUCUUAACAGGUUUGAGCAUGAAGAGAGCAUGAAUGAUGAUGAGCAAACAGCAGAAGCAACGCGAAAAAGACUGCGUUUCAAUACUAGCGAUCAAAGGAAGACGAAAAAGCGUCUGAAGUUUUUGAAGCCACAAGAUCAAAAUGGUAAGCAUGGUGAUAAGGUUCGUGAAAAGGCUCGUGACGCUGCUGAGGAGCAAAAGCUUCAAGCUUGGAAGGCGUCAGUGCAAUCACUACAAGGAUUUGAAGACUCUUUGAACUCGGUUGAUCGCUACGCUUUACACUUUCGUGAAGAUGUGGAUCCUUUGUACGCGUACUCACCAGCUCAGCAGGUAGCGGCGCUAGCAGGAAUCGACUCCAACCAUAACGUAACAACUUUAUUGGAAGACAUCGAGCAAACUGAGGCAGAAAAGCAAGCAGAAGAGGCGCGACUGGUUGCAGAAGGCGAACUUGUUGUUGGUCAGAUGGAUGACAAUGAUGACGUUUGUCCUGAGCAGAGGACAGAGCAUUACACGGAACUGUACCGUCGUGAACGCGCGCACGUUCUCUUUGAGCAGCGUAAGCGUCUUUUGACUGGCGCAGCAUGGUCACUUAUGAAAUGUGCGAAGACUGGUCAGCCUUUUUACUUCAAUGCUGAUACCCGUGAAGCUACGUGGGAAUGCCCCCCUGUUCGGAUUGCUAACGAGCAGUUAAGGAGCGCACGAGGGAAAGGGUAUGCAGGCUUACCACCACCGGCAUUGCUUCGUGUGCUAUCGAUGCUGAACCAGUUUCCAGAACGUCACCGUGCUCAGAUGGUCUGCCGCAGCUGGCACAAUGCUGCACAGCACCAAUCAUUGUUCUUAAAGAUCUCCGCAAGUGACUUCGACAUAGGGUCGCGAAACCCCUUGGCGAAGUUGUUAGCGAAGGUGGCUCCGGGUGGCACGGUACUUUUUGGCCCGGGUGUGUAUCAAUUAAAUGAGACUCUUGAAAUAUCGAAGCCGUUAAGGCUACUCGCGAUCCCUGAUACACACGUCGAGUUGCAGAUGAUCUCUUGUCGAGCCCAACUUCGCUGGAGUGCGCGCGGCGGUGUGAUUUGUGGUUUCCACUUCACGCGAAUCAACAAUGCAUUCGAGUCAACUGCUAUUGAUUUCACACCGAGUUCUGAUGCCACGAAACCUGUUUCCGUGGUAAAAGAAAGCAGACACGCGGUACGAAACCGCGACAAAAAGCUGGGCAACUGGCAGAACUUAUUACGAGUUGAAGGGAAUGGGAAGUUACGUGUAGAAUACUGCGAAUUUGACGGAAAUGGAUUGGGCAACGCUUGUAUAUGCGUAUGGGGUCGAGGUGAAAAGAAAAAGAAGAAGAAAAAGGCGAAGAACAAACGAGAAAUAGCAGAAUACACAGAUACUAAGAUCAUCUCAGCCUCGAAUCCAAGUACUCUUCUGGCUGCAGCACCUGUUUCUUCAACUCCAAUGGCUAACACAACGGGGGUUUCUGCAACGACCGCGUCAACCCCCUCAGGUACUACCGCUUGUAAAACAGUUGCUUUAUCUGUGGCUCCAAAAUCAGCAAGCGAUACGACACGCAGUGUUGCCUCUACGGCGUGUGUUACCACUCCAAUGACAACGACAUCAAGUCUCAUAGUAACGGAAAAUGUGACGUCGCCGGCAACCGCACAGGUGUCUGUUACGACAACUGCCAGACCGAGUGUUUCCACGCAAACGGCAGCAGCGGUUGGGUUAUUACCUAAUAGACCAGCAGUCUGCACGUCAGCGGCUGCGAUACCACAAGUUAGCACACCAAGCUCUUUAAUGACAACCACACCGCGAAAUGUUGCGGCGCCGCCUGCUACGGUUACAACUCCUGCGGCAGACACGUUGUUGGUACUACAGAAUUGCCGUAUUCGUGGUGCAGGCAGUUCGGGUGUACUACUUAUGCGUGGAUCAUUAAUUAUGUCGCUGAACACUGUUGAAGGGAAUGCUCACUCUGGUAUUACUAUCUUGGGCGGUCAGGCGUUGCUUCGGCGCAACAAGGUUCAACGUAAUGCUCGGUUUGGCUUGCGGUUGCUCUAUCACGCAGGCAACGUUAUUGUUGAAGACAACGCCAUGUAUGGCAAUGCUUGUGGGAAUUUUGAUGCGGACAACUCCGGUCGGCGCUUUGUUGUUCGUUUGAAUGAUAUGGAUAAAGGUAAAAUGUCAUCAGAAAAGCUGCCGCAUUCGCAUGGCAAGUUGCGCUUAAAGACUUACCGUGUGUUAGAGAAGGAAGUACCGCGUGCGCCAGUACCGGUUGUUGAACCUGUUAUCAGCGCCAGUGCCGAAUAUUGGAAGAGGCAACGAGCCAUAGGCGCAGCAGCUUCGGCCGCGUCGCCGAUGAUGCCAAAGGAAAGUUCAGCUGCCAUAUCGACUAGGCCCGUUAUUGCAAGUAAUAUAGUGAGAGCGGGGAUUCCAAUGGGCUUUAUGCGACCUGUCGUAUUUCCCCAAGGAUCUAAUCCGCUGCACGUUUCGCACUUACCGAUGGCGUUCGCAUCGCUAGGAGCGACGCCUGCGAUAUCGUCUGUGGCGCUAAACCGACCAGCAACAAGCGCACAGAUCCCUACGGCUACAACAACUUUACAGUGCGCUGAUAGUGUUCCUGGCGCUGCUAGUAGCGUGUCGGUGAGACCUGACAUGUUAUCUGCGACGACGAGUGCACCUACUACUACAUGCACAACUUCAUCCCUUGAGCUCCAGAAAGUACGCCAGAAACGCCGACCCAAGAUGCAGCAACUCGUCGUGGGCGGGCGCGAAAUCGUGUUGCAGGACACGUGCGAGAAGCCCACCGAGAAGGUGGGAAAACCACGGCGCUUUAAGGACCCACAUACACCAAUGUUUGGGUCUUCAGGCUUGCAAAGGAUAACUUCGCCCUUGUCGCUUCAGCUUAAAUUCGCCCCUGGGUCAACCGCAGCAGCAGUAGCAGCAGCAAUGAGUGCAAUGAUGGCAAAUACAGCUAAAUUACAGGCGGAGGCAUCGCAAGCUCAAUCAGGAGGUAUAACAUUUGGAAAUACUGCAACGGCCAAGCCUGUGGCAUCCACCGUGGCUUUGAAAGCUGCAACAGCGAAGCCCAUGGACUCUGUGGCGAUGUCAUCACAGACAGGAAGCGUUGUGUCGAGGGGUUCGAUUAAUGUGACGUCAACACCGUCAACAUCUAUGUUAUCUCCCGUCCAAACGAGUAGAAAUCCGACGGCAGUGACAAAGUCAGCAGUACAUACUAUGACACCGAGCAUUGGUACAAAAGUUGCAACACCGGCGGCUGAAGCACCAUCAAUUAAAGCUGUUGCUGCACAGUCGAUAGAAUAUCCCACCCAAUCGGCAAAGAGUUUUGGUCGUGGCAAUAAUGGCCAGCCAGGAAACAAGUGGCGUUACGAGAUCUUUGAUUUUUUAGAACAAGAUGACCAUAAAUUACAAUGCAUCAGCUCACUUUAA